AUGCCGGUGUCGGUUAUGCUAGUUUUUGUUCUACCGUGCUCAGUGGUGGGCGCGGCGUUCGCCUUCUACUUUUCAUUGAUGUGGUACUGUUUAUUAAGGGAGGCGGAGUUGCAGCGUGAGGAAAAGGCGACGCCGGAGCAGGGGUUGUCGGAGGCGGAGCUUGAGAAACUUCCGAAACUGACCGGGAAAGACUUGGUGAUGGAGCCGGAGUGUGCCAUAUGUCUGGAGCAGAUCAAGAGUGAUCAGCCGGCGAGAUUGCUUCCGGGUUGCAAUCACGGCUUUCAUGUACAUUGCGCCGAUACAUGGUUGUCCAGGAAUUCUGUUUGUCCUGUUUGUAGAAUCAGGAUUAACCCUGACCCUUUAGAUUCUGAAAAUCCCUGCUGA